GUGGUCGGUCUGCGACGCAAAUGUACAUUUAAAAAAUAAGACAGAACGAUAAUUAGACAACGACCACGAUAGAUUUACUUUGUCAUCGGCAUUGGGUUUGCGUAGUUCUUUAGUGAAUUUCCAAACGCCAACCGCCGGCACCCAAACCUUUUCUACCCUCGUGGGUUGAGGGAUGAGUGCAGGUCUCUGGACGACAUAAUCGUACAUAAAGCUGCCGACUAAACGAGCCAUCACAUUCCAACGAACAAACACACAUUUAUCGUCUUCAUACCCGACAUAUCACAUUCCUACCCUACCCUAGCAAACAAUCCGACACCAUGUCGUUCUUCAGCAAUAAUGCGAGCUCGGGCGGUCAAUCGAACAAUGCCACUACGUCAAGUGCCCCUGCUACAGGUGGCUUGUUUGGUUCAACGACCCAAGGCACCUCAAGCAAUCUUUUUGGUGCAUCAUCUACUGGAACACCUAGCUUUUCUUCAUCGACUGGAGCACCCAGCUUCUCUUUCGGAAAUUUAGGUGGAAAUACUAGCAACACAACUAGUUCACCAGGGACUUCAGCCAGCCCGUUUGCAAAUACCGCAUCAAAACCAGCAGAACAGAAACCUCUAUUCGGAGGAGCUGCACCGGGUAGCAGUACACCAAACGCCACUGCGUCGAGUGGGAGUAACGCUCCACUAUUCGGCGGCGUUUCCUCAGCUCCUACUUCCGCUAUCUUCGGUGGUGCGAAACCUGCACAAUCUACGAACCUUUUCGGAAAUAACGCUUCUUCUGCACCUGCAUCGACUGCUCAAUCUACAACCCCGACUUCAGCAGUAUCUGGUGCUUUCCCAGCAGGUGGAUUGUUUGGAUCGAAGGACAAUAAGGCUUCAACACCAACUACCAGCGCCCCUACUUCUCAAGCAGGCGGUAUGUUUGGUAAUCUUGGCGGAGGCAGUAAUCUGUUUGGUGGUGCGGCUUCAACCAACGCCUCUAACCCUGCCGCCAUGUCGACACCUACCAAGAGCAUGUUCCCUCCGUUAAAUUCUACUACUCCCGCGGGAGCCCCCCCGACAAAGCCUGCUAGUAACCUCUUCGGUAAUACUGGAACACAAAGCUCGUCUCUCUUUGCAGGUGCUCAACAAGGUGAGAAGAAGGCUAGCCAGCCUGGAAGCAUGUUCGGAGCUACAGGUACUUCACAGGCUGCACCGGCGACAAGCCAACCAGCGCCGUCUGCUUCAGCUGCUCCUUCGCUCUUCGCGGGUGCCGGUCAGAACUCGAACCAAUCUUCGAACUUAUUCGGAGGCGCGAAGCCUGCUGAGAGCUCAUCUACUCCGAGCCUAUUUGGAGCGAAGCCUGCAGCUCCUACGCAGGCUACCGGCGCUGCACCUGCGGGAGCAUCCUCACUUUUUGCACAGCAAGCACCGAAGCCAGCUGAGGCAUCCUCAGCCAAGCCUAGCAACCCUCUUUUCGGAGGAGCAGCGGCAAGUACCACACCGACGGCACCAGCUGGUGCAUCCUCGUUGUUUUCAGGACUUAACAAGCCUUCGUCUACACCAGCUGCCACAUCCACUCCCGCUGCCCCGGCAACAGCACAAACCAACACACUCUUUGCGGGCCUUAAUAAGCCUUCAGGCCCCGCUACGCCGUCUGAUCCAGCUAAGCCGCAGGCCUCUUCUAUGUUCUCCGGUCUAGGUAAACCUGCCGCUAAUGCCGCAACUACCGAAUCGGCCAAGCCUACACCCAGCCUCUUCGGCGGCGCUCCUGCUACUUCGGCGGCAGGAUCUACACCGGCUGCUAGUUCCGCACAAAGCGCCGGUGCGGCAACUUCUGCCACCACUCCUACUCUGGGCUCUACGACUGGAGCUCCUGCGAACUCCCUUUUUAGUGGAGCCUCGAAACCUACCCAACCAGCGGCUGGUACGACAUUGCAGCCCCCUGCAGCUGCCAGUAAUACUUUGGGUACCUCGACUGCCGGUCCUACUUCGUCUAUGGCGCGACUGAAGAACAAGACGAUGGACGAGAUUAUCACCCGCUGGGCUACUGAUCUCUCGAAAUACCAGAAGGAAUUCAAGGAUCAGGCUGCUCAAGUCGCUCAGUGGGAUCGCCUCCUAGUUGAGAAUGGAGAGAGAAUCCAGAAGCUUUAUCUAGAUACUUUCGAAGCUGAGAAAGGUAGCCGAGAGAUUGAGCGACAACUCAUUGGAAUCGAGAGUCAACAAGAAGAACUUGAAUCAUGGUUGGAUAGAUACGAGGGCGAGGUGGACGCCAUGUUUACCAAGCAGAUUGGACACGGCGAGCAGCUUGCAGGUCCUGAUCAGGAGCGCGAGAAAACUUAUAAGCUUGCUGAGAAGAUCACAGAGAGAUUGGACGACAUGGGUCGAGAUUUGACGAAGAUGAUUAAGGAAAUUAAUGACAUCUCUGGCACGUUAAGCAAGGGUAACAAGCCAGACGACCCGCUGAGUCAAAUCGUCCGUGUUCUCAACGGACAUCUUUCCCAGCUCCAGUGGAUCGACACAAAUGCUGCCGCGCUCCAAGCUAAGGUUGCGGCUGCCCAGAAAGAGCGCAGCACGAUCGGCAGCCAUUACGGCGGUCCGGAGCAAGACAACGUAGACAGCUUCUACCGUUCCUACAUGGGACGUAGAUAAGCAUUCGGAUUUAUACGGGCACCAGGCAGUGGGGGAGUAAUUUCUGUCAGGGGGGGAUGUUUGGUCUAGGAGUAUCAGGACAUCAUGCACAUAAAUCCAAGAGUUCACGGGUCAUUGCACGCAUCAGGAUGAAGGAGACAGCAACAUGUGCGCUGUUAUGAAAGUUGAGACUUGAUUCUCAAGAUAGCAACGAAAGCUCAUCGCCCGUAUGGCAAUGGCUUUAUUUAUGUACAUUAAGGCAUGGCAAAAAAAUGCGAUGGCCGAAGGACGAAUCUGGCUUUUUUAGUGACCGGGCAAAAACUCGCGCGCCGAUGCUGGGCACCUUAAUGAACACGGAGUUUCGGACCCUUCUCUUACAAGUUUCUGGU